GUCGCCCUGGACGCCGACACCAACAAGAAGCCUGAGGCCGAAGCGGAAGUGCCCUCAGAUCAGGCCAAGGCAGCCUCAAAUCAGGACACGUACCAACAGCUGUUUGAGCUGGCGGUGAAGGGGCUGGCAGGAGCCCAAAAGGAGGUGGAGAAUGCGAGAGAAUCGGUGGAGUUUGCGGAGAAGCAGUGGCGUAAUGCCACAGAGAAGCACGACUCGGCAUUGGCAAGUAGGUGGAAGCACGAGGUCGAGAAGGCGGAGCAGAAGGUCAAGGAGGCGGAGCAGAAGGUCAAGGAGGCGAAGCAGGAGGUCCAGGAGGCGGAGCAGAAGGUCAAGGAGGCGGAGCAGAAGGUCAAGGAGGCGAAGCAGGAGGUCAAGGAGGCGAAGCAGGAGGUCAAGGAGGUGACUGCCGAAGACUUCGACAUAGCAGCAUGUACGCGGCCUCAGUUCAUGGUCAAACCGAGCAACUUCGUGCAGCUUGUCCCUUGCGUGAACGCCUGCAUCGAAGCUGUCGAAACGAACUUGCCACAGCAAACAGACGCUACGACUGUGCGAGUUCCCCCGACGGUGCUCUCCCGGUGCAUGCGCGGGGGCAAGACCACAGUGCUGAUGCACGUCUUCGACGAGCUGAAAGCUGCGUCGAAGAACCCUAUUUUCAUAAGCUUUAAUGGGGACUCUCUAAUCGGGCAGCUCGAGAACGAAAGCUGCUUGGAAACGAUGCUGAGGGCCAUCGCUGUUGCGCUGCUUAAAAACAAGCCCCAGGACAGUGAUGAGGCUGAGCGAAUUCUCUGCAGGCAGGACGUUUUGAAGGAGUACCUGGAGAACAAGAAGGAUGUUGUCCUCAUCAUAGACGAGCUGAACGUCUUGCUGAAUCCAAGCCAGCCAAAUGACUACAGAGAGGUUGGCAGGUUCCUGCGGAAGCGAUUCCUCGACCCUCCAGGUUGUAGAGAUGCCCAGGCCGUGUACUACGGACGAAUUCCAUCCCUAAUCUACUCUGUGAAGACGCAGUGCAAGAGCUUCAACAUGUUGUCACGGUUCCAGGCAAUAGCCUCUGCACAACCAAUAGAAGCCUUGACCAAAUGUUUUCUCUCAGAGUUCUUCACGGGUAAGCGGGGGGCAGACUCGGCUCCAAUACGAGCCUUCGAUAGCCUCACCGAAAGCCCAGCCAGCGGACAGAUUCGGUGGAUCCUUGCCUAUGUGGACAAAAUGUGCACUCACCUGGGAUUGUCAGAAAUUGCCAAGUGGAUCCAGGAGAUCCCCAGUCUAUCGGAAAGGGGCGACAGCGGCCAAGACUGGGAGGCCAUCGUGCUGGUCGCGCUCAGCCUCCGAUGCGUCCAGGCCAAGUACGGCUAUGUCCACCCGCUUUUGCAUCUGCCAGAACAUGCUGAGCCGGUCAAAGGCGUCUUCUUGCGAAACGUGCCGCAGGAUCGUUGCAAAACGCUGCCCGACAUGGUGGAGUGGUGGAAGCAGAGGACCGUAUCAGCUGAUGCAUUCCCGUACAUCGCAGUGCUGUCGCCAAACUACGCACAGACGGCGGUUGUUGACGCAGCUUGGAUCUACCAGCACAAUUCAGCGAGCGAAUACGUGGUGGGGGCCGUGCAAGACAAGCUGGGAAGACUUUUGCCGAAAAAGGUGGAGGGAACUGCGGCUGGGCAAAGGCGGUCGCAACAGCUUCGUGACGUCAGCGCCAGGCAGCUGGUGCCCGGUGCAGUUACUGCACACCUGCCACUGGAUGAAAACUCGCUCACGAGAUGCUCAUCCACCCGCCUGCCAUCCACCCGCCGGCUGAUGCUCAUCCGCCUACCCGCUGCUGUCUGGCUCAUUUACCCCGUUUACCCGAUUUACCUCAUUUACCUUGCUGUGGGCAAGAAGCUGCAG